AUGGCCACAAAGAUUGCUGGAGGCUUGCACAAAGCGCAGGACGUGCUUCAAAACACAUCCUCUACAAGCAAGAAAUUGGUCGAUUUGGAAAGAGAUACUGCCGAUGCUCAUACCCAGCAGCCACUGACCACUGAUCAUGGUGUGCGAGUCAGCAACACCGAUCAAUGGCUUAGAGUUACGAAUGACCGCCGGACUGGCUCAUCCUUGCUGGAGGAUCAGAUUGCCAGAGAAAAGAUCCAUCGCUUUGAUCAUGAGCGUAUUCCUGAAAGAGUAGUCCAUGCCCGUGGCACUGGUGCAUUCGGCAACUUCAAGCUUAAGGAGAGCAUUGAAGAUCUGACUUAUGCCGGUGUCCUAACGGACACGUCAAGGAACACGCCCGUCUUUGUUCGCUUUUCAACCGUCCAAGGAAGCAGAGGUAGCGCUGAUACAGUCCGCGAUGUCCGUGGAUUCGCUGUCAAGUUCUACACCGAUGAAGGCAACUGGGACAUUGUUGGCAAUAACAUCCCUGUGUUCUUCAUUCAAGAUGCCGUCAAGUUCCCAGAUUUCGUUCACGCUGUCAAGCCGGAGCCACACAACGAGGUUCCUCAGGCCCAAACAGCCCACAACAACUUCUGGGACUUUGUGUACUUGCACCCGGAAGUCACCCACAUGUUCAUGUGGGCCAUGUCUGACCGCGCCAUCCCCCGAUCCUUCCGGAUGAUGCAGGGAUUCGGUGUGAACACUUUUGCUCUCGUCAAUAAAGAGGGAAAGCGACAUUUUGUCAAAUUCCACUGGAUUCCCCAUCUGGGUGUGCACUCUCUCGUCUGGGACGAAGCCUUGAAGCUGGGAGGCCAAGACCCUGAUUUCCAUCGCAAAGACCUGAUGGAAGCCAUCGACAACAAGGCGUACCCGAAGUGGGACUUCGCAAUCCAAGUCAUUCCAGAGGAGAAGCAGGAUGACUUUGAGUUCGAUAUCUUGGAUGCUACCAAGAUCUGGCCUGAAGACCUUGUGCCUCUUCGUGUGAUUGGAGAGCUCGAGCUGAACCGCAAUGUCGACGAAUUCUUCCCUCAGACCGAGCAGGUCGCAUUCUGCACCAGCCACAUCGUCCCUGGCAUCGACUUCACCGACGAUCCACUUCUCCAGGGCCGAAACUUCUCCUACUUCGACACCCAGAUCAGCCGGCUGGGCAUCAAUUGGGAAGAACUGCCAAUCAACCGUCCAGUGUGCCCUGUGCUCAACCACAACCGCGAUGGACAGAUGCGCCACCGAAUCACGCAAGGCACGGUCAACUACUGGCCCAACCGCUUCCAAGCCGUCCCCCCCGCCGGCACCCAGGGCGGCGGGUUCACAACCUACCCCCAGCGCGUGGAGGGCAUCAAGAACCGCGCCCUCAGCGACAAAUUCCGCGAGCACCACAACCAAGCCCAGCUCUUCUACAACUCCAUGUCCGAGCACGAGAAGCUCCAUAUGAAGAAGGCCUUCAGCUUCGAGCUCGACCACUGCGAUGAUCCCACCGUCUACGAACGCCUCGCCGGCCACCGCCUCGCCGAGAUCGACCUCGAGCUCGCCCAGAAAGUCGCCGAGAUGGUCGGCGCCCCGAUCCCAACCAAGGCCCUCAAGCAGAACCACGGUCGCCGCGCCCCGCACCUCUCCCAGACCGAGUUCUUCCCAAAGACCCCCACCAUCGCCAGCCGCCGCAUCGCCAUCAUCAUCGGCGACGGCUACGACCCCGUCGCCUUCACCGGCAUGAAGACCGCCAUCAAGGCCGCCAGCGCCCUCCCCUUCAUCAUCGGCACCAAGCGCUCCGCCAUCUACGCCGACGGCGAGGACAAGUCCUCCUCCAAGGGCAUCGUCCCGGACCACCACUACGACGGCCAGCGCUCGACCAUGUUCGACGCAACCUUCAUCCCCGGCGGCCCGCACGUCGCUACCCUGCGCCAAAACGGGCAGAUCAAGCACUGGAUCUCCGAGACCUUCGGCCAUCUCAAGGCGCUGGGCGCCACCGGCGAGGCCGUGGAUCUCGUCAAGGAGACGCUGGGCGGCACGCUCGACGUCCAGGUGGCGUCGUCGCAGAGCCCGGAGGCCGUCGAGUGGUAUGGUGUUGUUACUGCGGGCGGGAAGCAGAAACCCGAGACCUUCAAGGAAAGCGUGCAGAUUCUCAAGGGCGCGACGGACUUUGUGGGCAAGUUCUUCUACCAGGUCUCGCAGCACAGGAAUUAUCAGCGUGAAUUGGACGGUCUGGCAUCGACCAUUGCUUUUUAG